GACGUUUCCUUUGCGCCGUCGGAUCGCGCAUCCAUUUGAUUUGGGUAAGGGUGGGUGGUAGCUGUAAGGCUGCGAUCGUGAAUGAAAGGAAGCAGUAGAGCCAACGAAGAAGAUGACGACGCACCCAAAGCUCGGAAUUGUGCUGAUCUGGCUCAAGCCUCGGUAUUUGCGGCGCAGCGAAAGUCACCGUCUCGAGAUGUCAGUCAAUCCGGGCUCAGGGUUGGAUCGCGUGGUUUGCAAAAAGGAAGUGCAGCUCGCGCAAACGGUACAGCGUGGCAGCCUGCCGUCGCCUGAGUUGCCCAGGAUGAUAUAUUUGAUUUCGUGGGAGGGCGACGAUACCCAACUCGGUCGACACACAUCCCUCGCAAUCCUCUCUCUCACUAAUCACCACCAUCCACACCACAACCUGUCUCGUAUUCACGACUAACGACUCGACGCUCGUUGCGUACACAUCCUAUCAGUUCUCAGCACAACGCUUCUCCUGAUUUCAGUACACACACUUCAACUGUCAUUGCCACGA